AUGGUCCAAGAACAACCCACCCUCACGGCCAAGCGCCGCCCACCCCUGCUUGAACUUAGCAACCAGGCCACCGCCGACCUCCUCGUGCGCAUCGUCAGCCCCAUUGUGCCGCUGCAGGUCCCUGACGAGUUGCGCGAUACGCUCCGUUUAAGCAACAGCAUCCGCGAGCAGCAGAACACCUUGAUUGCGCAAAAGUCCGCCCUGCCGCGGGCACCAGAUACACAAAAUGCUGCGCCAGAUGCUGUUCCUGUGCCAGAUGCCGCACCAGAUCUGGCAAAGUCUACAAAUUCCAACGAGGAUUCUGAGCAGCCAACCAAGAAGACCACUGGCUCUGAUACCCGUGCUUCGUCACAUGCCCCAGCACCCGACUCGGUCACCAUCUCGGCAGUAGAAUCUGGACCACAUGACGUCUCAGGACCUAAUUCCGUCUCCGAGUCGACGCGUUCGCCCCACUUGGCCCCCCACUCUCACUCAGCUUCGCGCUCGGUUUCGCCCGACAAGGGCCGCGCGUCUCCGCAGCGUAUUCCCAAAGUGCCCUCGCCGUUGCGUGGCCCCGCUGUUUCGCACUCCAACUUUAAUACACCAAUUCCCCCUGCAACUUUUGCAACCAAGCCCGCGGGGCUGGGUGCACCUUUUGCAGCCAAGUCACUGCUGACUUGUCCGACUUUUGCAGCCACUAUACCCCUUUCAUCCGAUGCUGCAAUGGCCAAUCUGCACUCCAACGGCAACCUGGAUUCAAAUGCAAGCCUCGACUCCAGUCUGGACUCCAAUGAUAACCUGGUAGCGCACACUAGCAAUUCCAAUGGUGAAUUCGCACGCACUUCCUCACUCGCCCGCAAACGACUCCGCCGAGACAAAGCGCCGCGCCCUCUCCGUCUCGUGCCUGGCGCCCCUUCGCCCAUCGUCAAGUCCGCUCCAAUGCGUUCUUUUUAUGGCUUUCGCCGCGUCGUGCCAAUGAUCCCGCCCUACAGUGCCGUUCACUUGGUGCCUCCGCUUACGGGGCCUGUGCGCCGUGUAGCAAAGACUGCCGCUCCGCGGCGUUCCACCGUCCAAGAUGUGUUCCGUGGUGCCGUCACGAUGGCUGCCCCUAUACAAGCACAGCCGCUUCUGGCACAGCGGGAACAUUUUGACGAUCGUACUGAGCCUCUGCCCGAGGAAAUGGCCGAGAUGGACCGUAAGCGCACCGACUCUCGCGAGUCAGAUGUGGCCGUGCGCGGCACUAUCGCCUUUAACGAUGAUGGUGCCUUCAAUUUCAAAAUCUACAAUGACGCUGAUGCCAAGCGUGUGUUCAUGGAAGUCUGCGAGAAGACAUGGGACAAGUAUGUCGAUGGGCUUUAG